AAAACAAUAAAUUUGAAGGGUUAUGAAUGUAUAGCUUAAUAUUCAAUUAAUGCAAUUAAGAGAAUAAUGUCAAAAGAAGCACAAUAUGGUUUAUUAUACAGUGAAUACGAAUAUUCAUCUUAUUUACGCGUACCAUUCGAAAAGUUCUGUUUGGUUUUAGUAGGAAUACCAUUUGUAGCAUUGAUUUUUUGCAUAUUUUACUCCGUCCUAUUUAAUUUUGAGAGUGCCACUUACACUCAUUGUGAAGUUUACAAUAUGCUUCCUUCAAUAUCUGCUGCCAUAGGAAGUUUUUCUCCACAGAGGGAAAUAUGGCAAAUGGCCAUUGCUGUGCAUGCAGUUCCAAGAUUUAUAAUUGCAUGGCAGUAUUUACAUUUACAUUAUAGCGUGCUACAUUCACAAGAUAUUUGGAUUGCACAAGUUGCGUUCUUCCUUAAUAUUGUGGAGAAUAUCUCUUUAAUAGUGUUGUCUUUCUUUGUGUCCUCACAAAAUUAUGCUGUACAUAAGAAAGCCUUUGUAAUGUUUAUUAUUACAUCAGAAAUCUAUAUGAUUCUGAGCUGUAUUCUUCAAAGUCGUUUUAAGAAGCAGUUUCGGAUAAGUUUGAAAUGGAAAAAGCGAUUUUUAGUAACCAAUGUGAUAUGUAUCUUAGCGGCUACAUAUUUUUUUAUGAGGCACAAUUCAUUCUGUGAACCUUAUGUGUACACGUUAUUCGCAUUAUGUGAGUAUAUCGUAGUACUUUCCAACAUGGCGUUCCAUUUGACAGCUUACUUCGAUUUUAAAAAUAAAGACAUUGUGAUCUAUAAACAUGGCCUUGCUCUGACAGAAAGAUAAUAUUUAGUCAUUUAGCUAGUCAUUUAAAAUUGUUUAUUUAAUUUAUUUUUUUGGUUAUGGGGUGAAUGUCGAGAAAGUUUUGAAAACAGUAUUAUCUUAGUAUUGAAACUAUACAAAAUAGCUUCUCAAAAAAAUGUGGUGGUUAUUUUGUGUAAUAUUUUCUGAUAGGUGCAAGAGUAUUUAAUAUUGUGGUGAUUGACCCUACCACUGCCAUUGGUUGAUUAACAUAGUAACAAAUAUACAGUGAACAUAGGUUUUGGUUUUGGUGGGAAUUAAAUAAAUACUUACUAGAUGUUUUGAACGAAACUCAUUUCACACUGAAUUGAAUUAAAUUCAAGUUUUGACUUUUAUAAUUGUACCGAAGAAUAAUUUUUUAAGACAAAACUUUCUCAAUGACAAACAAAGAAUUUAUGGAAUGCCUUAUUUUGGUAAGAAAUUAUUAGCAAGACAUAACAAGAAAAUUCCACUCAGUGUUCGCUUAGUCCGAUGCUGUAUUUUAAAAGAUGCAUGCACCAUAACGUGCAUGGUGCAGGUGAUGCGUCAUAUCCUUUCAAAAUGAGUGCUAUGUACUAGACUUACUGCAUACAUACCUACAUGUAAUAUAAGGAUUUUCUUAAUAUUGUUCUGAAGCUAUUUUCUUGUGGCAUUUUAAAUUAAUUACUAUUUAACUGGGAAUAAGCCACAAUUAAAGAAAAAAAUACGUUUAUUGACGUUUCAAUUUCCACUUCGGAAAUCGUUCUCAAAAUGCAAACACUGUUUGUAUUUUGAUGAUAGGUUAAUCUUGAAUUAACCAUUUUCACGAACAGUUUACAUGAGAACAAGUUAGGGAGAUUGGCUUGUACGAUUUUGGCAGGCUUGAGGGUUGCCAUAUUUUGUCGUAAGAUUCAGCAGUGUUACGGGGCUGGAAUGAGAUAAGUUUCGGAUAAAUGUAAAUGAAAUAUUAUCUGGCCCAGCAGCAGAGUCUUUACUAGAAGCUAGAACUACAGAUAAUUUUUGUUUUGUAAAAGGCAGUUUGAUAUCGGCGACAUCAUGCCUACUAAUUUCAGAAACAUGAGAAAUUGAUGAAUUCUGCUCAUUUAGACUUUGAUUCUGCUCGAGCUCAGACCUGAUUUUCCGUGCGAAACUUUCAGCUAUAAUUUGCGAAAUUGUUUGGUUGUCUGCAAUUACUUUCCCUUCCUGUGUUACUGCUGAAAUUUUUGGGGGAGUUUUAUGUCCUUUCAUUUGUCUUAUCACAAGUAUCACUAGUAAGAGUAGAAGCAAACAUACUUUUUUUACAUAUUACAUACAAACAUAUUUCUGUUUCUUCGAUAACUGGUAAUAGCCGUUUUACAUUGUCGUACAAUUAAUUCGCAUUCUGCAUUCCACCAUGGUACUACCCUUUUAGAGGGGCAUAUUGUUAUUUUUUGAACAUGACUUUCUGUGGCCAUGAUAAUCCAUUUAUUAAAAAGGAGUUAUUGUUGAAGAAUGAAAGAUGAUUUUCGUCACUAAUCUUAGAAUUAUUCCAGUCUCUUUAGCGACAUUCCAUUUAGUUAUGGUGCAAUAUUUUUAUCGCUAUUUGUUAUGACUAUUGGGAAGUGAAUACUAUCCUACAGACUAACUGUAGAGUAUGCCAUGACAUCAGCUAACUUGGGAUCACAUAUGCUUAAAUCAAUAGAGAAGACAUUUCUUGAUGCAACAAUAAACUAUGUACUGGCUCCAAUAUUUAUCAAACAAGCAUUGCAACUGAAUACACUUUUUCUAUGAUUUUUUCUCUACCGAUUGUUUUCUUAGAGCCCCACAUACUGUUAUGCGGGGUUCUACAUAGCCCCAUUUAGUAUAUGGGCGAUAACAUAAGUCUUUAACGUGUAUAAACAGAUUAGGUAGUUGGCAGAUUAUUUCAUCAAAGUCAGGUUAUAAUUAGGUGGAAUAUAAGUAUGUACUGCUUAUGGUUAUUUUGUCGGGACACCAGUUACUACUAUAUCCGUCAAAUUAGUUGGUGAUUAGGAUAUGACGUAAAGAAAAUAAAUCUUUGGACUCAAAAUAGAUGUUUUUCCACUUGCCCUUGUAAACGUUUUCCGAAGAAUAUUGCAACCUUGCAACAUUCAACAUGUUUAAUUAAGCAAAAACUACAUUAAAAUUGGAUGAUGUUAAAAGUGUUAUUCGAUCAGCAUUCGCUCACAUCCGAGUAUCAUUACCUAUAUUUUGACAUAAAAUUUUUAUGAAUUUGGAAUAAUUAAUUUACUACUGACAUAAUAUCGUUGAAAUAUGUAUAGCUAGGUGUGGUUCUGAAACCACAUUUUGGUUAUUUUGGCUUGAAACCCAAUUUGGAAUUAUUUCAGGUUUUGAAAUAAUUCCAAAUAAUUUACUAGUUAAAUAGCUGGGCCUGCAGAACAAAAAGAUUGUUUAUACAAAUAUAGUAGUAUUCUGAUAUGGCUUAUUAUAUUAAUCAACCAUCAAUAAAAAUAUUCCAGGGGCAAUCAAAUAUCUUGCACUUAUCAGAAAUUUGGAUGAUCCAUCACUAUUUUGUAAGAGUCUUCCGAUUGGACUUCUUUGUUAGUAAUUUUUUUAUAUAAUUUUAUAUGUGGUUUAGAAUACUAUUUCGUAACUAUCUAAAUUUUAGGUUUAUAAUUGCCCAAAUGUAAUAUAAUUGCUGAUCAAUUCAGUACUUUAUAGUAGGUACAAUUGCGAUGGUCAAUCUUAAAAUAGUGAAAAGGGUUGACAUUAGACAAGAAAAAUAUUUACUUAAGUUAUAAGCUACAUCGUAUAAAUGUAGGAGCUCUAUUUGAACUGUAUCUACUUCCUAGUUGUUAAAGUAGCCUCUGACAACCCAUGUCGGGUAGCUCUAUUAGAUCCCAGACUCAGUACAACACAGUGUUCCAUCUCCAGCGCAAAUCGAGAGUAGUGGUAGUUGUCGCUGGGAUUGCGUGCUUACAGAGAGAUAGCCUCGUUACAAACCAAGCUGUACUUAAGACUCUAAAGUCUACAAGUCUACUAUUUUUUGAAGUUUUAUCGACAGCGUGACCGUAAUUAACUCGACGGAAACUCUCUACAAUGAGAUGUAUAAUGCGAUAUCAAUAGUGCCAGUACUCGGGGAAUCUGUGAAAAUCAUUCGCUUGUCAUCUGCCUCUGCGCAUUACGCGUGAGAUUUAGUUGAAGCGUUAUUAUUGCGGUAAAAGAGAUUACCUUUUUGCUGGGCUCAGUACAUUCACCAAUAUUAAUCUCUUGAGCCUGUGUUAGAUAGAAUUCAAAUAUGGAUCUAUCAUGAUCUGAAUUUCAUUACACACAAAGAUCUUGCGUGAGACUAGAACUUGUAACCUUAAAACGAACUUGGUAAUUCAAUUUUAAUUAUGCCAAGAGGUCUAAAGUUUAUACUGCUAGGGUAAAUGAAAAUUAAUAAAACGUUUUUAUAUUGUCACGUUUUACAUUCAAUGUUAUGCACCAAGAACCGGAUAACUCGAACGGUAGAGUGUUUGACAAUCUCGCAGGUACCUGUCGCGGCGAAAACAUCUAGGUAUUUUUAAAAUAAUCUUGAAUCGACCUGAAGCUCUAAAGGUCUCAGUCGACUUACUUAUCCUGAAUAAAAUGAGUAUCGAGGGUAAUAAUAGGUGGUUGAAGGUUGUGUUGAUCCUGUUACCUCCUUGUAUAAUAAAGGCACAAACUACCCUAGGCUAAAAUCCUGGUGGUAUAAACGCAUGGUAUUAAUACUUUCUAAAUUUAAGCCAUACAACUCCACUCUCUCUAAUUCCAGUUACCUUCGGUGAAUAAAAAGAUUGAGAAGCGGUCUUAUGGAGAUUUUCACUGAGACUCAGGUAUUUGCCGUAUGCCGUUAUCUAUAAGGUUCUUUGGAUAACACCAGUAUUGGUUAAGAUAAUUGGUACGGUUUGGGUACUUUUAGACACUUCUGUCACUAUCUGAAUGAUUUCAGGAAUUUACAGACUCUUAUCAGCCGUAACAGAUAGUAAGUCAAUACAAAGAAAAAGCCAAGUGGCAGCAAAAAUAAAAAUAUAACUAACAACUUAACUGGAGAAUAGUAUUUGGAGAAGGCGGUAUAAUUUCGAAUUGUACGAGAAGUAUUAAGAAAUAGUUAACGGCGUAGCAAACUGGCAGCGGUUGGUUUCGCAGCCGGCGAAAAAAUGAACUUAUUGCAUCUCAGGAAAUCAACAGCAGAAUAGAGCAAGUCAGAAUAUCAUUUAAGAAGAUACAAAAUGUAGUGACCAAUAGAGUAUUAAGAACUCCCUUAAGAAUAUGUUUUUUACACUGUUAUGUCUUCACUGCUAAAGCAAUGUGUAAAAGAAUGAGGUGUUCGAGAUGUGAACUUGCUGUUAAUUGUAAAGAAUAUCAUGGACCGAAAAAGUGACGAAAAGAGCAGUUUUACAACCUCUCAACAAAGAAAUAAAGGUUCUGAAUACCAUAAAAAGAAGAAUAUUGUAGUACUUUGCCCACGUGAUGAGAAAUCCGAAAUAUGAAGUACUACAUGUAGUUAUUCAAAUAAAAAUAGAAGAAAAACGUAGUCCUGAACGAAACAUGCAGUUUUUCCUAGUCGUGGACCCUGUUUAUCUGCUAUUUUCUCUUGCAUUAUAUUUGGUAGCAAUCUAUAUUUAAGGCCUCUCAUUACAUGUCCGAAUUACUCCAAUGAUCCUUGGAGGGUCUUGAGUUAUGGAGGACGAUGCGCUUAAAAAGAAGAAGAAGGGUACUUUCCAUUCUCCUUUGUGUCCUUAUUCCUAGCUAAAGAUCUCUGUACUUGACGAUAUUCUCGUUGUAUUUAACACGCAGAUUAUUAUUAUAUCAACACACUGAUAAGUAUUGUUUGUUUAGUUAGUCAAUUAUGAGAUCUGGUCUAUUAUGUGCCACUGGUUGGUCUGUAAGCACGGUACGGUCCCGGUGUUGCUUGUAGUUGUCAUUACUCAGCACACCAUCAGCGACAUAUUAAUGAUUUGGAAGAUGGUUAGUUUGAAGUCAAUCUCGUGAUGGAGUAUCUUUCCUACUGAGUCAUACCGUUCUUUAUAUUCAAUUGCAGCAAAUGCCUGACAGCCAUCGAUAAGUUGUUGGGUAGUUUUUUGAUUAUUAAUAUUAUUGUCACGCACAAAUUUCUUUCGUAUACUUUUUCUUUGUUUAUUCUUAGCGACUAAUAUAAUGAUGUCAGCCCUUGUGAUUUUCUAAAGCAAAUUAUACUCAUUCUUCAAGAUUUUUUAACGAAUAGAAAAAUAGAGAAUAAAAAUUAAAUCUUUAUUUAGAUAGUUGUGGAAUCAGUAGAUAAAUUCGAAGACUCCGGUACUGUUUUCAGUCAUUUAACAAAGCGUACUUCUUUUUGAGAGAACAAGUGGUAUUUAAAAAAAUGUGAUUUUUAUAUGAAAUAUUUUUAUUGAUAUGACCAGUAGAUGUUAAGAAAAAAAAAGAUGUCCUACAUAAAUACUAGAACUGACUUUUAGUCUUUUAUAUAAUCACUUUAUCAAAGGAUCUUGUAUAGACAAUACAACAUUCUGAAUUACUUUAAACGAACUAUGAAGCCGCAAGUAGGGGUUCCAAAUCAUUGCUGCUAUUUUUAAAAUCUGUAUAUAGAAAAUAUUAUUGGUUGUUCAGUUCGUUUUAAUAAAUUCAUGAAUAUGU